AUGGGCUACUUUUUCUAUUCUCUCAGUUUCUUUAUUUUCCUCUCUGUUGCAGCGGCCUACUUCACCCGCGAUCGCUGGCUUCCUCACCUCCCUCUCCCUCCAUUCCUCUACACUCAGCUACCAACAAGUUUCAGAGGCGAUGCCGAAGCGGGACUAUCCUCUGCGGACUUUAAUCUCGCAGAUAACAUCGUGGAGGGUGAUUCCCGUGCCGGCCUAGAUAAGCGCGGAAAGUCCGAGGUUCUGCGGAUCAUGAAGAGUAGAAAGGUCGAUUUCAACGAAGCCAGACGGAUAUAUACCGAACAACGCUUUGCGAAGAAUAACAUUGGCCCUGAUGGGAGGCCGCGAGAUCCGAAGUUUGUGUCGUUCUCGUGA